CUUGUUGCGGAUAAACAGAGACUGUUACUUCUAUUUCUGUCAUCUCUGAAAUAGGAAAAACCCAUAAUUAAAUACCUAGGAAGUAGUGGGCAGUGAGAGCAUCGAGCAUCAGAUGAAUGAGUUAGUAUUGAAACGAUUAUAUUUUCGCUAGAAAUCAAAACAAUGGUCUCAUCUCUAGUUACCACAUGAAACCAUAGAUUUAUAAAUAUAACAGUGCAUGAAACAUUGUUAUGGGUUUGAUAUCUAUGGUUUUGAUUGACAUCAAUUGACAUGAUACUAUUUUGGCGUCGCUGUCAAGUUUAACUAUAAGUAAACGGUUUGAGAAUUUGAACGUAAAAGUUGUGAAAAGUUACGAUUUCCAAUAAACAAACGAUUUUUAUUUAUUUGGUGUAAUCGAACAUUUGGUGAUGAAGCAUUUAUAGAAAACUACGAGAUUGGGAAGAUAUUAUUCACUUGAGCUGCUUACUCUUGUAAAAUAUUUUGAUUAUAAUCUUUACGAUUCACAAUUGGAACAAUGAGUAUCAUUGAAGAAAAUUGGAAUAUUCAUUACAAUUUGAAAAGUAUUGAAGAAAACAAUUACAUGGAAUUUGAAAAUAAAGUAGAAUCUUUACAUGAACAAUUUUUGGGUGUCCUAGAAAACGGUUUCAAGCAUAAAAAGUUCAAUUGGAACAGCAAUGUUACUCAUAAUCACGACGAUGAGUUAAAAACUUUAAUAGAACGUAAUAAGCAAAUGAGGCAGGAGAUUGACAAGAAACUUGAAGAAUUUUCACAACAAAAGGUUCAAUAUGAAAACUACAAAAAGGAUCAAAAACUGUUAUCUCAAGAAAUUAAAGAGACACAUGAAGCUUUCCUCAUGGCUAAGAAAUAUUACAAGAAGUUUUUGAAAAUGUAUUAUACAAUAGAAUCAAAAAGUCCAGGAAAGCAAACCAUUUAUGUCCAAUUUUUCACUGAAGCCAAAAAGGAGUCUGAAAAUUAUUCUGUUCGAUUACUAAAAGACACAAAGACUGGAUGCUAUCACUUGUCCAGUGUUACACCAAAACUAUCUGACUUCAAAGAAUUGCAGAAAAGAUUAGAUGACACAAAUGAUGUUCCCGGUGCACUUUGUUGCAUAAGACAAGCAUUUAUGAACAUGAAAAUGAAUAAGAAAUGAACUAACACAUUAAAAGUAAUUAUUAAUUUUGCACCACCACAAGGACAAACCAUGACAAUUAAGAAAAAGGUGUAUGGUUACUACUUCAGCUGUUAAGUAUCAUCUGCUAAGGUAAAAAGCCUGGAAGCCUGGACGAGUGUCAAUAAAAAACAUUCAUGUAAAAUAUAUUUUUUACUAACCAUAUAAAAUAAGUUUAAUAUAAAAUUAAUUUGUAACAAAAAUAAAUACAAUUCCAUGUUUGAGGUAUUAAAUUGGUAUCACAUCCACAAAUUUGAUGCAAUACAAAGUUUUAGUUAGAUAUUUUAAUCAUUGGAUCAACAGAUGAUAAACAAUUAUACAUUCUGUAAAUGCUAUGUUAAAGUAAAAUGUACACAACCUGUCAAAAUUACUUGGAUGUAACAAUGGUUACAAUAUACAUCCUAUCUUGGAUUUACAAUAUUUUCUUGUAUUUACACACACUUGCAUAUUCAACUGAUGAUAGUUUACAGUAUAUUUCUGUGUUCAUUAAAAAAAUCUUUUACACUGUCAACACUUACAGGCUACUCAGCUGUCACUGUUGGUCUAAUAAAUACAAAACUUGCAUGCAGAACUAAAAAAAAAUAUUACCUCUCCCUUUUGAAGAUGGAAAAAACUUAGUUUAUACAAAAUUAUAGUUAAUUAAUUCCAAUCUAAACUCUUGUUUUUAUUAUAAUUUAGAAAUAAUGAGAAUUGAUUUUUAAAAAUUACGAAUAAGAAAUUAUUGGCAAAUAUUCCAAAUUGUUU